CCAAAAGGAAGCUGUCUUUGUAGCUCUUGUAUUGUUUACCUGUGAGUCUGUGAUUCCAUUAGAAGAACCCGUGACUUUUCUCUAUCUAGAAUGAGAAGAAACAAACUUAUAGAAACAUUUACCCUCUCCAAAACACUUGCACUUUCAACUACACACUUUCUCUCUCUAUCACUCUCUCAUUCUCAUUUUUCUCUGAGAAUGCCAAGUUUUAGACUGAGUCUCUGUAUCAUAUUCCUUCUUCUUCUUCUUAAUUCAAGCGAAACACUAUGCCAUACCAAAGGAAUCCGACCAAGAAAGUCAGCAGGGAAGCACUUUUCACUCAAUAUAACCCAUACCCAAUUUGCAGAACAGCAAUUCAUGAAAUGGGUUAAGUUUGUUGGGAGUCUCAGGCACUCCCUCUUCUCCACAGCAAAGAACAAGCUCUUCCCUUCUUAUACUCUUACUGUCCAUAAGAACCCAGCAUUUGGAGAUUUUACAACUAUUCAAGCAGCCAUUGAUUCUCUUCCCUUCAUUAAUCUUGUGAGAGUUGUUAUUAAGGUCAAUGCAGGAGUAUAUAAGGAGAAAGUGAAUAUACCACCAUUGAAAUCUUUCAUAACCAUACAAGGAGCAGGAGCAGAUAAGACCAUAGUCCAAUGGGGGGACACAGCUCAAACAAUUGGGUCUAGAGGGCUACCUAUUGGUACCUUCAAUUCUGCAACUUUUGCUGUGAAUUCCCCUUAUUUCAUUGCCAAAAACAUCACUUUUAAGAACACAACACCUCUACCCCCACCAGGAGCAGUUGGAAAGCAGGCAGUAGCAUUUAGGAUAUCAGCAGAUACAGCAGCCUUCUGGGGUUGUAAAUUCUUGGGAGCCCAAGAUACACUAUAUGAUCAUCUGGGCAGACACUAUUACAAGGAUUGCUAUAUAGAAGGCUCUGUGGAUUUCAUCUUUGGCAAUGGUCUAUCAUUUUAUGAGGGGUGUCAUGUGCAUGCAAUAGCUCAGAACUAUGGAGCACUCACAGCACAAGGGAGAGGGAGUCUGCUAGAAGACACAGGGUUUUCUUUUGUGAACUGCAAGGUCACGGGUUCAGGAGCUCUCUAUCUUGGUAGGGCAUGGGGUACCUUCUCUAGGGUAGUCUUUGCCUACACAUAUAUGGACGAUAUAAUCAUUCCCAAAGGCUGGUAUAACUGGGGAGAUCCCAAUAGAGAACUGACUGUAUUCUAUGGACAGUACAAGUGCACUGGGCCAGGAGCAAUCAAUGCAGGCAGAGUUUCAUGGUCGAGAGAAUUGACUGAUGAGGAGGCCAAGCCUUUUAUUUCUCUGAGCUUUAUUGACGGAUCCGAGUGGAUCAAACUGUAAGGGGGCUUCACUUUCUUUAGCCUCCCCAGUGUAAAAUUAUGGAUUCAACAAUAAACUUAGUGAUUCUAAUAAAAUAAAAUAAAAAUAAAUAAAUAAAUAAUAAUAAUAAUAAUAAUAUAGUGAUAUUUUUGUUCCACAACUAUGGAGCCAAAUUGAAGGUAAUUUUAAUGUGAUCAGUUUAUCCUCUUUUAUAAUCAGUUUCGUUACAACACCUAUUGCUCUAA